UAUUUUCGGAGGAUCAUCACAAGGUGCAUGUUUGGCUGAUUUAUCCAGUUCAUGUCCCGCAUUGACUGGAACAUCCAGUCAUGUAUUCUUGAACUUAAUUAGCUCGCUUCUGUUGGCCCAAUGUGACUUCAAUACCAAAUCAUUCCUGCCUGAAGACCAAAGCCAUGAUCUGAAAUGGAUGCGAAACGACUUCGAUUUCGUAAUUAUAGGUGGAGGUUCGGCAGGCUGCGUUCUCGCCAAUCGACUAUCAGAAAAUUCAAAAUGGAAGGUGUUGCUGGUAGAAGCUGGUGACUAUCCAUCAUCGACCACCAGAAUUCCGCAACUGCUAAUUAGCUCUUGGGGAACAGAAGAGGACUGGCAAUACAGGACAGAACCAUCGAAUAACUACUGUUUGAGCUUCAAAGACAAAAGAUGCAAUUGGCCUAGAGGUAAAGUUCUCGGAGGCACCAGUCAACUGAAUGGAAUGCUUUACAUAAGAGGCAUUCCCGAAGAUUACGAUUCUUGGCAGCGCUCCGGUAAUAACGGCUGGGGAUAUAAGGAUGCGUUAAAAUAUUUCAUAAAGUCGGAAAAUCUGCAGUCUCCAGGCUACGAUCACAAUUUACAUGGAUACGAUGGUUACCUGAAAACAUCUCGAGUCGAAGUUCCUCCCGUUUUGGCCAAACAUUUGUCGGAAGCCGCCGAUGAAAUGGGUUUGCCCAAAAUUGACGAAGAAUUAGAAAUCGGUAUCGGCAAAUUCUUGAUGAACCUUGCCGAUGGUACUCGAAGCGACACCGCUACAGCUUACUUGUCCCCGAUUCGUGACAGAACCAAUUUGGUUGUUGCCUUAAACUCGGAAGCAACGCAAAUCAACUUCGACACAAACAACACUGUGAAGGAAGUUAUAAUCAAGACAAAGAACGGAAAUGUUAAAGUAAGACCUAAAAAGGAGCUGAUCCUUUCAGGGGGAACCGUGAAUAGUCCUAAAUUGUUAUUGGCGUCGGGCGUGGGCCCCAAAGAAGAUUUGGAAAAGCUUCAUAUUAAAGUCGUGAAGAAUUUGCCGGUGGGACAUAAUCUGCAAGAUCAUUUCGUGACGUUCGGUCUGAUAAUCAAAUUGAAUUCGACUAGCGAGACCUCGCCUUCACUCGAAAUCCAAGAUCAGUUCAAAUAUUUCACGGAGCGCAAGGGUUCCCUUGCAGCAACUGGAAUAACGAACAUGGCAGGAUUUUUCGAUCCUGCAGGAGGUUCGCGACGCAUGCUGCAAUUUAUGUUUUUCAACCACUUGAAAGGAUCGUCUACCUUCAAAACAAUGGCAACCAAGUUGGGUAUGAACCAGGAGAGCAUGGACGACAUUUUGGAGAUUAACAAGGAAAACGAAAUCAUGGUUAUGGAAGUUAUUUUGCUGAGACCUAAAUCCACCGGAUUCAUCAAGUUGGCAUCGAAUCAUGUAUCGGAUAAACCCCUGAUUAUACCCAACUAUCUAAAAGAAGAAGAGGACGUUAACUUGAUCCUAGAUGGAAUUGAGUACAUGAAAAAGUUCAUUGAUACUGAAUCGAUGAGAAAACUGAACGCGCAAAUAAUCAACUUCAAAGCAGCCAACUGCGAUGGAAUUGAGUUCAAUACGAAAGAUUACUGGAAGUGCAACAUAAGGAAUUUCGGAAAUAGCCUGUUUCAUCCCACAAGCACUUGCAAAAUGGGUAUAAAGGAUGCCGUCGUUGAUAUGAGAUUGAAAGUGCAUGGCAUGAAGAAUCUGCGCGUCAUCGAUGCCAGUAUCAUGCCGAGCUUAGUCAGCGGAAACACCAAUGCUCCAACAAUUAUGAUUGCUGAGAAAGGAGCUGAUUUAAUUAAAGAGGACAAUGCAGAAUAAAUAUAAAGUUACCAUUUACAAAAUUUUAAAUAAAACAAAUCUGAAACUUCACUAA